AGGCCGUCAGCACCCGAGCUGCAGGCGGCGAGCGCCAUUGUGAGCAGAGCCGGCGGGGCAGGAGGCCCGGGCGCCUGGGUCCCCGCGGCGCGGGCGGAGCGGCCGGCCAGCCAGGGUCUGUGGCCUGAUCCCCAGGAGGAGCUACUCUGGGUUACCAUGAGAGAGACCUUGGAGGCCCUCAGCUCCCUGGGAUUCUCUGUGGGACAGCCAGAGAUGGCCCCCCAAAGUGAGCCCAGGGAAGGAUCCCAUAAUGCCCAGGAGCAGAUGUCCUCUUCUAGGGAAGAGAAAGCACUGGGGGUGUGCUCAGGGCACGAGGCCCCUACACCGGAGGAAGGUGCCCACACAGAACAAGCCGAGGCUCCCUGCAGAGGCCAGGCGUGCUCAGCACAGAAGGCUCAGCCUGUGGGCACCUGCCCAGGAGAGGAGUGGAUGAUUCGGAAGGUGAAGGUGGAGGACGAAGAUCAGGAGGCAGAAGAGGAGGUCGAAUGGCCCCAGCAUCUAUCGUUACUUCCCAGCCCCUUUCCCGCGCCUGACCUGGGGCAUCUGGCUGCCGCUUACAAAGUGGAGCCAGGGGCCCCGGGGGCACUGAGUGGGCUCGCGCUGUCUGGGUGGGGUCCGAUGCCGGAGAAGCCCUACGGCUGCGGGGAGUGUGAGCGGCGCUUCCGGGACCAGCUGACGUUGCGACUGCACCAGCGGCUGCACCGGGGCGAGGGCCCCUGCGCCUGCCCGGACUGCGGCCGCAGCUUCACGCAGCGCGCCCACAUGCUACUGCAUCAGCGCAGCCACCGCGGCGAGCGGCCUUUCCCGUGCUCCGAGUGCGACAAGCGCUUCAGCAAGAAGGCCCAUCUGACCCGCCACCUGCGCACGCACACGGGCGAGCGGCCCUACCCGUGCGCGGAGUGCGGCAAGCGCUUCAGCCAGAAGAUCCACCUGGGCUCGCACCAAAAGACCCACACCGGCGAGCGGCCCUUCCCCUGCACGGAAUGCGAGAAGCGCUUUCGCAAGAAGACGCACUUGAUUCGGCACCAGCGCAUCCAUACGGGCGAGAGGCCCUACCAGUGCGCACAGUGCGCACGCAGCUUCACGCACAAGCAGCACUUGGUGCGGCACCAAAGGGUGCACCAGGCGGCCGGCCCGGCCAGGCCCUCUCCCGACUCGUCCGCUUCUCCUCAUUCCACUGCCGCGUCCCCGACCCCAUCCUUUCCCGGGCCAAAGCCUUUCGCCUGCUCCGACUGCGGCUUGAGCUUCGGCUGGAAAAAGAACCUCGCCACGCACCAGUGUCUGCACCGCAGCGAGGGUCGCCCCUUUGGGUGCGAUGAGUGCGCACUGGGCGCCACCGUGGAUGCCCCCGCUGCCGAGCCCCUGGCCAGCGCGCCUGGCGGACCGGGCUGCGGCCCAGGAUCCGAUCCUGUGGUGCCCCAGCGCGCCCCCUCGGGCGAGCGGUCCUUCUUCUGCCCGGACUGCGGGCGCGGCUUCGCCCAUGGGCAGCACCUGGCGCGGCACCGGCGCGUGCACACGGGCGAACGGCCCUUCGCCUGCACGCAGUGUGACCGCCGCUUCGGCUCGCGGCCUAAUCUGGUCGCCCACUCCAGGGCCCACAGCGGCGCCAGGCCUUUCGCCUGCGCUCAGUGCGGCCGCCGCUUCAGCCGCAAGUCGCACCUGGGCCGCCACCAGGCGGUGCACACUGGCAGCCGCCCCCACGCCUGCGCCGUCUGCGCCCGCAGCUUCAGCUCCAAAACCAACCUAGUCCGCCACCAGGCGAUCCACACAGGCUCCCGCCCCUUCUCCUGCCCGCAGUGCGGAAAGAGCUUCAGCCGCAAGACCCACCUGGUGCGGCACCAGCUCAUUCACGGCGAAGCCGCCCACGCGGCCCCGGACGCCGCCCUUGCGGCCCCAGCCUGGUCCACUCCCCCCGAGGUGGCGCCGCCCCCGCUCUUCUUCUGAGCCUAGUUCUCACGAGGACCCUUUCUUGCCCACAGUUGCGAGAGGCCCGUGCCAUGAGACCGCCUGGGGUGAGCGAGGCGACCUGGGCUGCUGCCCGAAGGUUUGGCCGCAGCGGGACUCCUGUUUCCUUCCCGCAGUGUCUGCGUCCGCACAGCAUACCCAGCUCGGACCUCCUAGGACAGAGACUCAGCGAACCCUUGCUGGGAACCGUUGAGCUGAAGUUCUUGGAAGGCUCCCGCCCAGGUGCCCCGUUGGAAAGCAGAUAUUUCCUGGACCCAGCGCGGCCUCAACCAGGGCGGAAAAGAGUGGUUAUUUAUGUACUUAAAGUUUCAUUAAAGUUAAAAUCAGAAAGUUCUGGGGCUGCUAAAUGAAUUGGGGGAGGGAACACCUGAUUCUCCUUAGCCACUGUACCACCUCCAGCCACACACAGACCACCCCCCUCCACUUCCCCUUCUGUCCUGGGUGAGUUACAUUUAGCCAGCUGCUGUUAAUUGGUUCUCCCAAAUAAAAAUGUAAUAUAUUUAUUCACUAAG